ACCUCAGGGCCAAUCUUCCUAUUAAAAAAAAAACUAACAAAAAAAGAAUUUUAAAAGUCAAUCUUGCAUGAACUUUGCACAAGAAUAUAUCAUAAAUCAAAGAUUAUAGUCAAUCAACUAUAUGCACCAAAGAUCAAUAAAGAUAUCUAUGCAUUUUAACCCACUGCACACUAGAAAGUGACAAUUCAGAAUAAACUGUAAAAGACUUAUCAUUUGAGAAUAAAGGAAAUGAAGUCCUUAACUUGACCAAAUUUGAACAAAUAGAUUCAUUCAUAAACUCAGAAAGUAUCUACUGAAUGUCUGCUAUACGAGCCACACACUAAUGCAGCAACAAAAGGAAUAAGUUCUGUUCUCAUGAAGCUGACCUCUAAGGGAGGUGUACGCCAGAAGAAGGGGGGAGGAAAUAAGUUUAAAAAUAAAUAUUAUUCUAAAUACUGAAGACAGCUAUAAAGAAAAUAAAACAUGGGGAGAGGCAGGAGUGCUGAGCAGGGCAUGGCUACGUCAGACCCGCGAGCAGGGAAGGCCUCCCCGAGGAGGAGACGUUGAACAGAGACCAGCGAGGCGGCCUCCCUGAGCAGGGCAAUGAGACAGAAGCCAGGCCUCCGGGACCAGGACCCGCCUCAGGGCUGUGCUCUAGACCUUAACAGAAUUGGACUGCACCAUCACCAUGGAGACAGUGUGAAACAAAUCCACCUGGGUGUUCCAGCUGUUCGUACGCAGCCUGGACAAAACUCAGCUGGUCCUGCUCCAGACCCCUGCCAACAGCCCCACCUGUUUGCAAAGGACCAGAGACCCCUCAUGGGUUCCUGGGGCAGAGAAAAGGCAUGCACUGCUCAGAGCUCGGUGGCCAUGAGUGACAGACAGGAAGAGCUCAGGGGAGAGCUAGGCAGCUCAGCUUUGCAUUUUGUUUUCAAUUUUUGUCCCACUGGGCCAGAAUACCUAAGUAGCACAACAAUAAUCUAUAUUUACAACAAAUAUUGGUUUACCUGCCAAGGGCACCAAAUACUCACUGGCUGGCCUUCUCCACACUCCACACUCCCCCGUGCCCCCCACACACAAACACACCUGGACCUGUUCCACAAGUUAAUCACAUCAGUGACAUCCAAGAGAUCAAAGAAAGGGUGCUGGCCUCUUUGCUGCUUCAGGCUGGACAAAUUCACAUUCGAGUCCCACAGGCGAGGAGCGGCCGCUGCUGUCCACUGGGAGAGCGAUGCAGGCCCCAGACAAGGUGCUUGGACCAGGGCAGUGAUAAUCCAAGUUAUGCUGACAUGGGAUCUGCCAGGCUCCUCCCAGGACCCUCUAGAGGGGAGGCAUGAAACCAGGGUAAGACCCUACAGCUUAGACGCUUAGUCACAGGGCGUGGAAGAGCUGGGCCCUGGUCGUAGGCGCUCUGGUUACCACCUCAGGAACUUGCUCAAGCCACUAAGCUCCCUUCACCUGCUUUCUUCCUGCGUAAAAUAAGGUCCUCCAUCAGAAACUCAGCCAACACCUACCAGGAACCACCCGCUGGACUGGAUGAAAAUACAAAGUUCUCUCUCCACGCAGCAGUGCAGACAAGCUAACAAAAGCAAGUCUUUCCAAUAGGGGAGGAUACUCCCUAGUGGUUAAGGCUUCAGAAUGGCACCGACCUGCAUUCACAUCUCAGUUCCACGACAUCCCAGCAGCAGCACAGUGGACAAUUUCUUCACACUCCCUACAGUUCAGUUUCCUCAACUAUAAAAUGGGCUUACUUCUCUCUCUUCGGGACAACUUGAGGAUUUAAGAGCGCAUAGCUGUAGUUCAUUCAUUUUCACUGUUACGUAAAAUGUCCCAAGAUAAAUGAUGUGUUUUUUACCCAUUCUCCUGUCAGUAAUCAUCUGAGCUAUUUCCACAUCUUUGCUAUUUCAAACAGUGUUUCUACAAGCAUCCUUGCAAGUGAUCCUGGGCAUGCCCCUGUGAGAGUUUUCUAGGGCACAUACCCAGGAAUUAAAAUGCUCAGCCAUCGGGUGAGUGAACGUCCCUCUUUUCUAAAUAUUUCCAAUUCCUUUUCCAAACUGCUGGACUUUAGAAAUAUAAUGCUGAGCAUGGGAUACAAAGAAGUCCUGGUAGAAUACAUACAGCGUGAACAAUUUGUACAAUGGAAGGUAUGUUCCUGUGGAUUCAAAUCAUUCAUUUUAAAAGGGAGGAAAUGGAAAACAGAAUUCAGGACAGGGUCACCUCCGGGCGGAGGAGCACUGACAGCCUGGGGAGGAUGCAGCGGGAGAUGCUGGAGGGGUGCUGGCUCUCAGUGCGGCACUGCGUUCUUUUUGUUGUGCUUUAGCUUAUGUGACAUAAAUUCUUUUCAAAGGAUCAAGUAUUCCAAUAAAAAGAAAAAAUGAAAUCCAUUAGCAUUGCCCAUAUCUGGGGCAAGGUAAAGUUCCCAAUGAAUAUUCGGCAGUUAUUGCUAUAAAAUGUGAUGACAGUGGAAGAGAUGACAAGACACAGCUGUAGCUGCAGAUGAGGUGUGACUGACGGGGCAGGUGGGACAGUGCUGCCCUGUGGCGGGAAAGCAGGUGGCUCCUCAGCACCCAGGGCUGGGAGGGCCCCAGAACUGCAGGAACCGGAGGUGGCGGUGGGGAGGAGGACACGAGGCUGCUCGGGUGCCAGAACCACCAGACUCUGACCCCGAGAGGGCAGGGGCAAUGUUGGUGGUUUUCUGCUUCACCCUCAAGCCCAAGAACACUGCCUGAGAACAGGUGCCAAAAGAGUAUUUGAUGGAAGAAAGGAAAAGUUUGUUUCAUAGAUGAUGGUUUAAAACAACGUUUUAAGUAAAGAUUACUUUGACUUAGAAGAAUAGGUAGAAAGAGAAAAGAAGACAGCCAAGAACAGAAAAAGAAACACCAAUUUUAAGGAUAGGCAAGGAGCUCCCAAAGGUACCUGAGAAGGAAAGGUCAGGAGGAAGAGAAGUCCAGAGACGGCUGUGAUGUGUUUGCUGUGUCAGGCACCGAGCUCAGGACCCGGCCUCAAAACUGAUACACACAUACAUUCAUAUACACCUAUAGACACACACGUGUAUGCAGAUACGCUGUAUGUAAUACAGAUCAUGCAAACAGUACAUGUAUACACAAGCACACAUACACACACACAGACUCUAUUUUACUGAGCCAUUUUGAAAAUAAGUUGCAGGCAAUCACGGCCCUUCCCUCCUGAACACUUCAACAUGCAUCUCCGACAAACAAGAACAUUCUCCUGCCGCGUCAUAGCAGCAUCAUACCUAGGAAGAUUAAGAUCAAUUCAGUAAUUUCAUAUAGAGUCUGUAUCCAGACUCACACGAUUGUCCCAGAACCAUUUCUGUGGCUCUCCCCUCUGCUCACCCCAGUCACCAGCACAGAUCACUCCUAUUAUUUCUCUUUGGCCUCUUUUGAUCCAGAACUGCUCCCUCCCACCCAGCAUGUUUGCUUUUCGUGGCAUUGGUUUUUUAAAGAGUCUAGGCUGGUUGUUUUGCAGAAUGUUCCAUACUCUGAAUUUGUCCGACUCUUCAUCCGUGAUUAGUGUUUUCACAAGGUCUGUUGUGUACAUCUAAUUCAAUCAUAGCAGGAGGCACAAUAUGUCAAGUUAUCCCAUUUUUGGAGAGUUUGAUCAUUCAGUGACAGCCAGAUAUUCCUAUUGAAAAGGUACUUUUUCCUUAUUAUUCUAAAUGAUGUGGGAAUGAUGCCUUCAGAGUGGAAUACAGCUGGCCCUCCAUGUCCGCAGGUUCCACAUCCACAGACAGAAUCAACCAACCUUUGAUCAAAAGGCCUAGGAUGGUUACGUGUGUGUGAGCACGUAUAGACUUCUUUUCUUGUCCUUAUUCCCUAAACAAUGCAGUAUAACAACUAUUUACACAGCAUUUACAUUAGUCAUGAUAAGUACUCCAGAGAUGAUCUAAAGUAUAUGGGAGGAUGUCCGUAGGUUAUAUGCAAACACUUCACCAUCUUGUAUGAGGGACUUGGGCAUCGUGGAUUUUGGUAUCCCCGGGGGUCCUGGAACCAAUUCCCCACGGAUACCGAGGGACAACUGUAUCCUGUUCUCCCACAACCUUUCACCAAAUGGCUUUUCACAGUCACUUGAAGAUUGUUGCCCAAAUCGAUUAUUAUACUGAGGUUGUAAAUGGUGACUUUCUAAUUCUAUCAUUCCUCCUACAUUUUCUAGCUGGCAUUCUUCUGUAAAGGAGAGCUGCUCCAUCUUCGUCCUCUCAUUUUUAUCCGUAUUUUUAAUAUCACUAUCAACUCCCAAAUUUGGUUCGUGUUUCAGAGUAUUUUCAUCUAUUACUGUCAUCCUUGUCGGUAUCCAAAUUGUCCAAUUUAGAGGUGCCCCCAGCUCCGCUUCCGUGGCCUUCUUCACGUUUCCCCACGGGUCUGAGCGCUUCCUUGCUUUCUGCCAACAAGACACCUCAAUUCACCUAUGCCUUCCCCGGGCCUGAGGUGAAAUCAGCCACUUCUCCAGGGAGUCUGGUUCCUGCUCGUGAGCAGUGACGCUUAGAAAGCCGAUGUGCGCACUGAUACCGAGGAUGGAGCACUGCUUCUCCACCUACAGGAGGCUUGUUAUUUCAAGACAGAAAAGGCUUGACCAAGUUUAUAGCUGCUGGGGUGUCACAAUGUCUAGAUCUAUAGGUUUUCUCUUUGUUUGAAAGACUUGGGCAGGUUUACACCUUGAAGAGGUAGACAGAGAGAGACUGAAAAUACAAAAGAGAAAAGCAGUAAUGUACAGAAAAGAUGGGAAGGAGCACCUGUUAUUAUCAGAAUGUUUUACAUAUGGGCAUUACACCUCAGGCAAUAAUGAAACAGCAUCUGACAGCUCCCACGGGACAUGGCAAGACACAAGACAACUUUCCUAUAAAGUACUUGACUGGCUUAUAACGAAAUCCCUUGGGAAAGUGAAAUAAUCACAAAUGGAAUGGCCUAAAAAGGACACGUAUAUUCAACAACGGAUCCCAACCUGAAGGACUCAGAAAAAGCACAGGUCUUUCAUAUGCACGCUGGGCACCAUCUUUAAGCUGUGUAAAGUAGAUCCUUAACAUUUAAGUCCUACUCAUUUUGAAAUGAAAAUAGUUGCUUUACUGUCACGUGCUGUGUUUAAUCAAAUACAAACUCAUUUAAGAAUUGCCCAAUUCAUAAGUAACUGUCACAACAUAGCUUAUUAAAAUCGAAGGGUACUGAUUCUUCCAACAGGUAUGAAGUACAUAAAAUUUUAGGUUGUAAAGUGUAUGAGGAUCCCUUCUCUGCAGUAUUCCCACUCCCACCGACAGUCCCAGAUAUUUAUACUCCUCUCCGUUGGCUUUGUGAGGCUGAAGCUGGAACAAACACGCAAGUGGUUGAUACUUGGCUAAGUAGUCAAAGCUGUGACCUUCUGAGAAAUGAAUCUCUGUUCCCCAUCCCCAGAGCAAGGUGGUACCCAUUAAUGCCCUUGACCCCAGGAUCUGGGGAUCUGAGUACCGCCUGCCUAAUUGAGGACUGCAAACACCAUCCGAGAGGCAAAAAGAGGUCAGAGAUGCAUUUCCUUGCCUGGCCCCAGGGAACAGAACCACGUAUUCCAAAACAAUGCUGCAGAAGAAGAGGCCAGAAAAAAGCCAGGGAUCCAAGCAGCUGAACCUGAUUCCGGACAGGGACAGGAAUCAGCUCCCCAAACCCUGAGGACAGGAGAGUUUCACACCUUGAGCCGCUCUCACCGGAGAUUCAGGCUCAUGCGGACUGCCGAAUGAGAGCCUGAAACCCUGUGGACCUGACUCGUACUCCGCAUGGUUGGGUGGUGCUUCCUGUGACAGAACAGAGAGCACAAGCAGCACAGCCUCCCUCCCCAUGCCCCGUGGGAGCACGCUGGGCCACACGCCCCAGGAGGUCCGAGCACUUUGCCAAGGGUCCACCGUGCAUCCUGCUGCCCUGCGUUUCAGUGCAGAAGAACAUCAACCUGAGAACCACGAGAGAAGUGGGGAAGGGUGUGGGAGCCGGAGCCAGGGCGGGAGUUCCAGAGACAUCUGAUCAUUCUACUGUCACCCCCUGAACCCACGAUGUUCCAUCUGAGCCACACACUGCCAGGCACCAGGUAUUUGAUUCCUACACGAACAGGAGCCUGCGAGGAAGCUACUAAUACUCCCUCAGUUUAGAGACACAAAAACUGAAACACAGAGGCACUUAGGAACUAUCCCAAUAUCACAGCUAUUAAGAACUUGAGCCAUAUCUCUAACCAAGGCCCACGGCAUCCAACAUGCAUGCUUUUAAUCAUUAUGCUUCUCUGUCUGCCCACUAUUCCAACAGAGCAGUAAAUAAAGCCCACUUCACCUUCCUAGACCUUGGCAUGUGAGUGACUUAUUGCUGAUGAGUUAUUAGGUUGGGCAUCAACAACAAAGCUGACGAAAUUCCCUUUCCAUAUCAAAUGAUACCAAACAUACCUACCAGAAAGGAACUAUUCUGGUGGUUCUCGACUUGGGAACAUUUAGAAAUGUCUGCAUUUUCAGUUGUCAUAAAUCAUGGGGUGCUACUGGCCCCUAGUGGACAGAGGGCAGGGAUGCAGCUGAACAUCUUACAGUGCACAAGAUAGCAGGCCCACAAAGACCUGGAACCCAAAAAACGUCAGCUGUACCAAGGCUGAGAAACCCUGGGCUUUCCCAAAGGCUGAACCCCAGACUGCAGGUGAAAAGUCACCACAAAUCCAUCCUGAAAAUCCAGACGCAGGAGCUGGUAGAGAGGCUAGUGAUGGCUGGCCAUGGUCAUGGCCCAAAAGUUUGACCUGUGCCACCCUUGCCCUCUUCCAGCAGCUUCCAUGAUCUGCUUGCAUAAGCACAAGACGUGAGGACAGACCCAGGUUCUUGGAUGUGCCUGUCCCACACUUGGCUACGAAUCCUGCUAAAAGUGUUUUAAGGGAAGUGGUUAGAAUUAAAGGUAAAGACUAGAUUUGGGCCUUUUCCAUUUAGUAUCCAUACUAACCCACCACCCAUGGUCACACAUAAUCAACGCUUGGCUCUGUCUGCAGCUGAAACACAGACUUUUGAUCUUCGUGAGUUUUAGAGUCUGUGAAUAGGCCGGCCCAGGAGGAAGGCCUGGCAGCCAAGACAGGGCUGAGCCUAUGCUUUGGUGGAAGAGGAAGUUUAGAUGCCUAAGAGGAGCAUGCAGAUACUUCUAGUGUAAUUAGCACAGCUUCUCAAUUGCAGCACGCGACCAGAGCAUUCACCCAAUCCUACACUAAAUUAAAGCAUGUCCAUCACUGGCCUAGAUUCUAACUGAAAGUGAAGUCAGUGGGCCACAGUGGCCUGCAGUUAGGACCACCAAGUCAGAUCUUCUCAAGAGCUCAUGCCUGCCGCAGAGAAAGCCAGCUCAAGGUGAGGAGCAGCAGCCAGCGGAACCCUCCUGCUGCCAGCGGGGCCGAGGGGACGUGCGUGUGGCACCCACGCCACAGGGAGCAGACCUGCACUUCCACCCGGAGUAGACACUCUACCACCUAGCAGUCAACGUCACUUGUUUUCGUGACCAUUACGAACAGUCCGAUUCUGUGCCCCUCCUUGGACAUCAGUGCAGGAGAAAGAAACGUGAGGCAAAUCAAAUCAACCUUCACUGUCAUGUGAUCCAAGAUUGCUGGCCUGAUACCACCAUUCCUGAAGCUGGUUUAGGUGCUUGCUGCUCUGUUCCUUUGUCACUUCCUACUAUGAGAGCCCCUUGUUGUACCCAGAAGUACCACUCUGUUCAGCCUCCCCUGAGAAUGGGAGCUUCCUAUGAGCUCCCCGUGGCUCAUGUAUCCCCACCGUGCCUCACAAACACGUUCUGAUGGAUUUAGUGAGCAAAGGAACAAAAGCUCCUGGCAAAGGAAGAAAGAUCAGGGAUAUACAGGAGCCCAAGGCUACAAUGUACCUUAAGAACUGAAGAUUUCAACAAGGGGAAAUCGCAUCAAGUACAGCAGAGAAGUCAGGAAAGAGACAACUUCUCAGUACUCAAAGGGUGAUAAAUUUAGAAAUGAGGUCCCUGCAGCCUGUGCGGAGUGUACGGACUGUGGCGCGUCCUCAGGGUGAUGAAGGGAAAUAAGAGGGGUUCAUUCUUCUGCUUAAAGGAGAAAGUGAGAGUCUCAUGGCUGAGCCCAGAGAGAGUGUAGGCCAGACGGGCCAUGGAGAGCUGACGGGUUAGAGAGCCACUGCGUGGUGCUGACAAGGAGCCACGCAAGAAUCAGGCUUCCGAGAAGCUAGGGGUGGUCAGUUACUGAGAAAGAAUACUCACUUCUAUGAAAUCAACAGCCACACUUGUGAUGACUUCCUCCCAGAUAGGCCCACGACCUAGAAGCAGAGGACACUGCGCGAGCACCCUAAGGACCCAGGGCUGAGGGAGAGGCAGGACCAUAAGUCAGGGUGCAGGGAGUUCUAAAGCAUGCAGCCGACCACGGAAUAAGAACGGCCAGGAGGCUGAGGACAGACUUAGAAUUAAUCAAUAUUAUUGAAUAGUAUAAAAUAUUUUAAAAAUAUAAACUAUGUCAUAAAGUAUUGAAUAACAUAAAAUAUUACAAACUGCAGGACUGAAUAAGCAGCCCACACAUCAAUCCCCUUUCUAUUCAAUCCAUUCUACCUGCUCUGGAAACCGUCUAAAAUAUCACAAUUGGCACCAAAAAGGGAAAAGAAAACCAAGUUCCAUGUUAGGGCAGGGGAGAUAAAAUCAGCAAAACUGAAAAAAAGCUCCAGUAGGUUUAGCUCAUGUCUGAUGAUCACACGCCGGAACCCUUUUCUACUGAUAUGAGAAUCAUCUAGAAACAAAUACUUAUCUCACACGAAAAGGUGUGGGCACCUCAGAUUCAAGCUCAUGACGUCUGGACUUGAAGCAGGGAGAAGAAAUACCAGAUUGUCCCUUGACAAGGACUGAACAAGGAGCAGGAAGGAAGUGCUCAUCACAGGCAGGUGCCGAUGAAAGAGGGAUCUGAAAGCAGUCCAUCCUCCACAAACAUUUUUAUUUCUAAUUAUGAAACAGUUCAAAUAUAUAAAAAUAAAAGUACUGAAACUAAUGUCGGUAACACCAGUGCACCCAAUUGCCCAGGGUCAAUUGAUGGCAACGUUGAGGCAAAGUUGUUUCAGAAUUUACAAGAUGAAAUGCCACAAAUACGGUUGGAGCACAGCCACCCUGCACCAUCUCUUCCCUCCCCAGGAGUAAGCACGUCCUGAAGUUGGACUGUAUCGUCCCGAUCAGGAUGUGUCCAGUACUGCCCUGCAUCACGUACAAUAUCACUCCACAGAGAACUUAAUCUCUCUGCUUUAUUUCUAAAGAGAACUUGAUAACCUUUGAGGAACAUUCUACGUAAAUAUAAGAUGUUCUUUAACACUUGCUCUCAAGUAGAUAUCUAUAAAAUAUCUAGUUACAUUUCCAGGAGACCACAAGGAUAGGAUUAUGCUGAUGAAAUCUGUAAUGGAUAAACUGAGAAAGAUCCUAGAUUUCAGGGCUACCUAUAAUGUAACUUUUCCCUAUCUGGAGUCCCAACCAGAGCAAAGAAAAACAAGCUUUUUAACCUCCUCACCAAACAUUUAUUAAAUGUCCCCUGUGUACAGGGUCUGAAAAAAACUUGCUACUCAAGAGAGUCAUCAAGCUCGCAGCAUCAAUAUGACCUGUGAAGUCUGAGUCUUUAGCAAGAUCCCCAGAUAGUCUGGAUGCACAUUAAAGCGUGAGGCGUGCAAGUUUAAAGAAUUCAGAAAGGUGGCAACACAGACGAAGGCAGAAGCAAAUGCAACCAGCAUUCUGCCAAACUCCUCUUCCUCCUGUCAGACGACGCAGGUGUCAGCUGUUGUCUCUGCAAAGGCCAUACCUGAGCGUCAGCAGACCGGUGGUUACCAGCCAGGGGUGAUUCUGCCUCCCAGAGGACAUUUGGCAAAGCCUGGAGACAAUUUUGCCACAAUUUGAGGACAUGGUGCUACUGGCAUCUAGUACACGGAAGCCAGGGACGCUGCCAAACAUCCACAAUGCAGAAGUCAGUCCUCCACAGCAAAGAACUGUCUGGCCCAAAAUAUCCACAGUGUGAAGGUUUUUAAACCAAAAAAAUCCUCCCUAUGAUUUCCUGGCUAAAAUGAUCAAUUGUUAACUUCAGUAAUUUAAAAAACUGAUUUGAGCAUCUGUAUCCACGGGGCAAAAAAUAAACCGAUAACUAAAAACACUUCCCGUCCAACACUCUCAAGUACAGAGUUUAUAAGGUUGCCGUGGGAGUUCACAACCAAAUCCAUCAUCAUCAAUAUUGACACCCAAGACCAAGUACCAUGAAACACCAAACGGUCAUGUUGAAACAUUUCACAAUUAUAAAGGCCGAAUUUAACAAGUGAGUACAUUGCUACCACACACUUCUCCAGUAAAAACAUUCUGGUGCUCAUUUAACCUAAUUAAUUCUUCAUUUUUCUCCUACAAUACAGAUCAUUAGUGAAGAAACACUGGCUACUUUGAGAUGACAAGCAUUCACUGGGCUAAACUACUUCAUUGAAAGGAAACCUCAUAUUAUACAAAAUCUGUUCAAGGCCUCACCCUCGGAAGCUACAGAGCGAUGAACGCCACCACCACAGGUCCCUGCUCCUGGGACCCCCUCAUCACUCAGCAAGUCAUCCCGGCACUCUACUUGGUGGUCUUUGUGGUGGGCAUCCUGCUCAAUGGCGUGUCGGCGUGGGUGUUCUGCUACGUGCCCAGCUCCAAGAGCUUCAUCAUCUAUCUCAAGAACAUCGUCGUCGCCGACUUUCUGAUGAGCCUCACUUUUCCCUUCAAGAUUCUGAGCGAGUCGGGCCUGGGCCCCCGGCAGCUGAGCGUGUUUGUGUGCAAGUUCUCGGCGGUCUUCUUCUACGUCAACAUGUACGUCGGCAUCGUGUUCUUUGGGCUCAUCAGCUUCGACAGAUACUAUAAAAUCGUGAAGCCUCUACUGACGUCUGUCAUGCAGUCAGUGAACUUCAGCAAACUCCUGUCGGUGAUGGUGUGGGUGCUCACGCUCUUUCUUGCUGUUCCCAACAGCAUCCUGACCAAAUGGAGUGUCAGGGACGUGAGAGGCAUAAAAUGUAUGGACCUGAAAAACACACUGGGCCAGAAGUGGCACAAAGCCUCAAACUACAUUUUUGUGGGCAUCUUCUGGAUGGUGUUUCUUUUGUUAAUCGUUUUCUACACUGCUAUCACGAGGAAAAUCUUUAAGUCCCACCUUAAGUCCAGAAAGAACUCCAUCUGGGUCAAGAAGAAGUCUAGCCGCAACAUAUUCAGCAUCAUGUUUGUAUUUGUUGUCUGUUUUGUGCCUUACCACAUUGCCAGAAUCCCCUACACGCAGAGCCAAACAGAAGCUCAUUACAGCUGCCGGUCGAAAGAAAUCUUGCACCACGUGAAAGAAUUCACUCUGCUCCUGUCGGCUGCAAACGUCUGCCUGGACCCCGUUAUUUACUUCUUUCUCUGCCAGCCAUUUAGAGAAAUCUUAUGUAAGAAACUGCACGUCCCAUUAAAAGCUCAGCAGGACUCAGACGCUUGCAAAACCAAAACGGGAAACACAACGCAGGAAAGCACAGAUAUUCUGUGACCUCCCACCUCCUUGCAAAUGAAGCCUGCAGAUGCAUACUGUAAUCUGUAACUACAGGCUAAGAGGGAGGAGUGAGCAACGUGCCCACGAUGAGCAGUGUCAUCUGUAAGCAUUACUGUCCAAUUUAGUACAAAAAUAAAAGGUACGUUUCCAUGUUUUUUCAGUAACAUCAAAGAAAAAAUAAUACAUACAUUAUGCCAUCUUAUUUCAUCAAAAUAGAAGGUUUAAAUUCAUAAUCACUAGUCUGGUCAGUUAAUGUAGAACCUAAAAUAGCAAAUAAAGAAAAUAGGAAGCAAGACAAUUCACAGGGGCAUCUUCCUUCUCUAAACAUAAGAAUUAAGUUAAUGAGUUAUGUAAUUUUUCUCAACAGGGUGACUAAAGACCAACUUAGCAGCAGGCACAGUCUGAGAAAGGGCGAGAAAGUGAAAAGAGUCCAGUUUUCUCUGAUUUGAAGCAGGAUAAGCAAAUGCCCAGAAAAUUGCUUAAGAAAUCCCCUACUGACUGAUCUCAUGGUAUUUCAAAGGAAAGCAGAUAUAAAUUAUGUACUGUGCAAUAAAAAAUGUAAUUUUUUCUGAUAGCGUUUUGAGGAUUAUAUAAGAUACAUUUUAAAUGCUUUAUAUGAAGACUUGUUAAGCCACUUAACCUGGGGUGCUGGUGUUAGAAUAUUCUUAAGUAGGUUCUACUGAGGGAAGCUACAUAUGGGCAUGUGCUGCCAGCAACUUCCUCUGUUUAAUGGUAUGAAAAAAGUAGGAUGACUGGGAAAAGCCAGACACACACACACACACACGCACGCAGAGGCUGGCAGUAUACAUUAUUCUCUAGGGGUGGGAAAAAGUAGUUUUCUUUUAAGGGACUGUAUGUAAUAAAAAGAAAAUCUACAAUUUACAAUAAUGAGAAAUUACACAUAAAAUAAAAACUUACAUACUACAUUUUCUGGAGAACACACGGAUUUAAUAUGCAGAGAUAUGAGAUAUGGUUGCUGGCUUGUGCAUUAUCAAAAGUAAUUCUUUCUCUGCUAUUAACUGGCUAGAAGUCAGUCAGCUCAGCUUUCCAACGCGCUCAAACAUUUUUGUAAGUCAUGUUUAUACAUAUUUCAUGCUUUACUGUAUAUGUAACAAUAAAGAAAUUAUUUUUAAUAAUGUCAA